AUGCCUUUCAAAAACCAUGGUCGCCAGUAUGACCUGGUAGUAUUCGGGGCUACCGGUUAUACGGGGAAGUACACGACAGAGCACAUCACCACGAACUUGCCCACAGACCUAAAGUGGGCCAUCGCUGGCCGUUCCCAUGGAAAGCUCGAGAAGCUCGCUUCCGAACUCAAGCCAUUGCACCCAGACCGGCGUCAGCCUGACAUCGAGGUGUGUGACCUCAACGACGAGGACCUAAGUUCAUUGGCCAAGAAAACCUUCAUCUUGAUCGCUACUGUUGGCCCAUACGGAAAAUAUGGAGAGCAUGCCUUCAAGGCGUGUGCCGAGAAUGGCACGCACUACUUCGACGUCACUGGCGAGGUGCCCUACGUAGCGAGAAUGAUCAAGAAAUACGAUCACGUCGCCAAGCAGUCGGGCAGCCUGAUGUUUCCACAGAUAGGUGUUGAAUCUACCCCUGCGGAUCUCAUUGCGUGGUCCUUAGCCAAGCACAUCCGGGUGAAUCUUGGCGGGGCGAAGACCGGCGAGACUGUCAUGUCGGUUCAUAACCUCAAGUCUGCUCCUUCCGGAGGUACUUUGGCCACCGUCCUUGACUUCUUCGACAUGUUCAGCUUGAAGGAGAUUGCCGCAGCCUUGGCACCCUUCGCUUUGUCGCCAGUCCCCAAUACGCAGUCUCAAUCUCAAGCACCCUCGCUGUGGUCAAGGCUCACAGGUUUGCGGACUGUUCCCGAAUUGGGUCUGCAGACGACAUUUAUUGGCGCUGAUACCGACCGAGCCAUCGUGCACCGCACUUGGGGUCUCUUCUCGCAGGCUGCCUCCAGGAAAGACGAGUUUUACGGCCCAAAUUUCAGUUUCUCCGAGCACAUGAAGGUGCGGAACUGGUUGUGGGGCGUCCUGAUACAUUGGGGCAUCACCAUGUCUGCCCUUGUCUUCGUCACUGUGCCGCCCAUCCGAAAACUGGUGAAGAGGUUCGUGUACAAACAGGGCCAGGGACCAGAGAUAGAGCAAGCAAAGAAAGACGAGAUCGAGUAUCGAGGGGUAGGGAUACCGGAUGGUGACAACGGUGCUGGGAAGUUGGCGUACUCCCGGGUCUUGUUUCACGGUAGCAUGUAUGCUUUGACCGGUAUCUUCUUGGCUGAGGCAGCUCUCACGGUCCUCGAAAAUGAUCUUGGUCUAGAUGGCGGCGUCCUCACGCCUGCUUGUCUUGGUCAAGGCUUUGUCGACAGGCUUGGUGCCUCGGGAUUCCGGAUCGAGUCGACGACGCUGUCAAGGUGA